CUGACUGUCCCACUAACCCUGAGUGAGAGCUGACCCAUUACUAAAGUCGUUUUUGAAAAAUAAAAUCUAUUAAGUGCCUAUCCGUUCAUCUUUUUAUAAAUGGAAGGCGGUUCUACACCGAAGAGAAAUGAACAUAUUGCUACCCGAAAACGAAAAAGUGAAGAGGAAACAUCAAACAUUAAGAUUCCUAAAGUCGAGGAGAUCAGCUCUGAGUCUUGUCUAGACCAGCCAGGCGAUCAAAGUGUGCAUGAAGUCAUAUCUUAUGAACCAUCAACAUUACCAGGAAGCCACUAUGAUCCUGACACAACUGAGCCCAUUAGUGGCAGUGUGAAGUCCCUUGAUGAGCUGUUGUCAUGGAAACGAAAUGAAGCCAGUCCCUUUAACGUGGCCACUGUGCCUCUGGCUAGCAGGUAUCCUCCACUGGCUAGCUGCCCCAGAAGGACAUUGGUGUCCCAUGACAUGAUGGGGGGCUACCAGAAGGACAGGUUCAUUCAAGGUGCAGAGGUGGAGACACAAUAUGCCUUCUAUCACUGGGACUACAUUGACAUCUUUAACUACUUUAGUCAUCAGAUGGUAACCAUUCCUCCAGCAGUGUGGACUAAUGCCGCACAUAAGCAUGGGGUGCUCUCUAUAGGUACAUUCAUCACAGAGUGGACAGAUGGAGAAAAGAUAUGUGAGACCUUCCUUGCAAAUGAGGAGACUUACCGUGCAGCUGCCGAUAAGCUGGUUCAGAUCUCCCACUACUAUUGCUUUGAUGGGUGGCUCAUUAACAUUGAAAAUGUGCUGAGUCAAACUGCUGUGAAGAAUACUGCUCCCUUUCUGCGGUACCUCACAGACCAGAUGCAUGAGCGUGUUCCAGGCAGUGUGGUCAUCUGGUAUGACAGUGUUCUGAAGAAUGGCUCACUGAAUUGGCAGAAUGAACUUAAUGAUGAUAACAGAAUGUUUUUUGAUGCGUGUGAUGGAAUUUUUACAAACUACAACUGGACAGAGCAGAGUCUGGAGUGGAUGAAGACCUACUCAGCUGCUGAGGGCCGAUUGGCUGACAUCUAUGUUGGUAUUGAUGUAUUUGCAAGAGGGAAGGUGAUUGGAGGGAAGUUUGAGACCAAUAAGGCUCUGGAGCUGAUUCGCAAGUAUGAACUUUCAACAGCUAUCUUUGCGCCUGGUUGGGUGUACGAAUGCCACGAAAAGGCAGAUUUUCGCCAAAACCAGGAAAAAUUUUGGAGUUUGCUGUCGGGUUACCUUUAUAUCCACCGUCCAUCCACCAGUCUUCCAUUCAUUUCCUCAUUCUGUCAGGGCUUUGGAAAAAGCCUCUAUUGGAAAGGACAGGUGGAGAUGGAGAGAAGCUGGUUCAAUCUGAAUGCUCAGGAGAUCCAGCCUCUAUUCCAUUCUGAGACCAUCGAGAAAGGUGGCUGGCUGAAAACCCGUAGCUGCUCAGAGGAGGCUUGGAUAGGAGGCAGCUCUCUGAUGGUGGAGGGUAUAAUUCCAUCUGGACUUCCUGAAGUCUGUGCAAGGAUAUUUUCUCUCCAUGUUCCCUUGGCUGCCAGAACUUUUGUCUCUUUUGUCUACAAGCCACCUGUGGGGGUGAAGGUGUCCCUGGAGCUCAAAACAAUAGAUGUUCCUUUGUGCACUUUUGAUGGGACAGAGGAAAUACCAUCUACCAGUGUCUUUCCAGAAGCGUUAGCAGAGGAUAACCAGCUGGUUGCGAAGUUCACAAAGAGUUGUGGCCAGUGGGAUUUAGAUGGCUGGACUACCCGAUGUUUCCUGUUGAAAAUGAUUGGCUGCUCAUUGCGAGAAGUGUGUAUUCGUGUAUCUCGUGAUGAAGGAGAUGAAGAUGUCUCUUUCAGCUGCAGGAUUGGAGAGAUGAUGCUGCUGGAUGCAGAGAGUCUUCAACCCCCCCUGGAGUCUGUUCAAGGAAUCUGUGUGAAUGAUGUGGUGUGGAAGGGAGAUCAAACAUCAAAGGUCCUCUUGAAUGCCACCUUACGUUGGCAAUAUCCCAUCCAGCUUGUCCGCCAUUUCCGGAUACACUGGAGGCGUCUUCGGGGUCCUAACCCUCGGAUUCUCAAUAGACCCCUGACCCUAAUAGGCAGAUCUUACUCAAGCUUGUACCGUGUGGUGGAGCUGGAAGUUCCUGCUGCUCCAGGCCUCAUUGAGCUGGUGGUAGAGCCGGUCACCAGAGAGGGAUUCACAGUGCCUGAGGUCUACUGGGGCCGACGCACACUCAGCUACAGUGAGCGCUCCAUGGAGAACCAAUGAACAUUAAACACUAUUGCUCAAAUGCCUUAACUCCACAAAUUACAUGCAAUAACAAUAAUCUCUCCUCUUCAAUAUGCCAUAGAAUUGGGAAUGAGUUGCUGCUUAAAGGGAAAUUCUGUCUAAAUUAUUAUCUCCCUUAAUAUCACUCCAAACCUAUAUCACUUUCUUUUUUUUCUUUUUGUGGAACAUAGAAGGAAUGUUUUUAAAAAGUCUUGGCAGAGUUUAUUUACCAUAAUGCAAGUCAUUAGUGACUUCAGUCUGUCAAGCUCGAAAAAAAAGGUAAAAAAGAACACCAAGAAACCACAGUAAAUGCAUUCGAUAAUAUUUAUACUGUAGGGCUGGGCUAUUCAACUUCAUCGACAAGUGGGCCAGAUGGAAAAAACCUCCUGGGCAUGCAGGCCAAGGCAGAAUAUUUUGUUAACAAAAGCUUCUUUUGACAUUGUGUUAUAGUAAGCCUAGAAUAUUUGUUCACUAUAUAAAUAAAACAUCAAUAGAAACAUUUUCCAGCAGGAAAUUCUGUAGAAAAAAAAAGAAGUAAAAAGUGCUUUAAAAUUGGUCCAUAACUGAGAAAGUAAAUCAAAUUUAUAAAAAAAAAAAAUUAUUGAACAAUAUCAGUAAAGUUUGUUAUAGAUGCAAUGAUUUUGACUUCUCAAACCGAAUGUUCACUUGAUCAAAUUAAUGGAUAAAACUUUUUUCCAAAUCUCGUGCUGAUCAGUCAUCCAUGAUUUUAGUUCUUUAAUCUUCCCAUUCUGUCAAAAUGACGGAUAAUGAUAAUUUGUAGCGCAACCUCUGAAAGUGCUCCUGCACAAGACACUGUAAAAACAUUUAGACCUGUCAUGACUUCCAUCUAGUGAAUGUUUACAUAGGAAAACAGUUGAAAAACAGCACGAUCAGACAAAAAAACUUGUUCAGUGUAAACAGCCUAUAUCACCUUGUGUGAUGAACAGAACUUAAGGUAAAAAUCAAACAUGGUGGCUACAUCAACAACAUCAAACCUCAUGGAUUUUCAUUGCGUCUCCUGACCAAAUGUUCGUUAUGACUUUUGGCAAAUAUACACAGUUAAAACUUGAAUUUGUGAAUGAAAACCCAUGAAUGAAAAACGCAAAUCACAGAAAGUUAGUAGUAUGAGUUUGGAGCGACAUAUGGGUGAGUAAAUAAUGAAAGACUUUUCUUUUUUAAGGUUGAACAGUUGUUUUUUUUUAACAGGUUUUGAGUUAGAUAUGUUUGAAUAUAUUUUUAAAAUUGGCUAAAGUAAUGUAUAAUAUAUUACAUAUAUUAUUCAAUCUAUGUGUGUGCAGAAUACUUAAAUGCUGUAAAAUAUAAAUUAUGCAGCUAUACCCUCAGCUGUCUGAAAUUUGAGUUUUAAAAACCUUAUGCACUUGAUCAGUAAUUUUGAUAAAUGUUUAUAUAUAUAUAUAUAUAUAUAGGGCUGUCAAUUUAACGCGUUAAAAAAUUUACGCAAUUAAUCACAAUCCCCCCCGGAUUGUAAUAAGGAAGCUUGUAGGACCACCUGUUUACUCCAGAGGGCAGUAAGUGAAAUUUCAGCUGUGUGACAACGCGCAGUUUAUACAGUGAAGAAAACAACCCUUCAGCAGACAGAACAACACAGACAUGCGUUACAUUCUUGCGUUCAAAACAUUUGAUGGAGCGCAAAUUCGAACUAAGGGAUCUCAAUAUGUGUUUAAAGACUGAGUGUUAAACUACAUGUAACUUGAAACAGUGACCUAAAAUGUUGUGUUUGACGCAACGCACCCGAGACGCUACACAAGCAUGUCUGAUGCUUGUUGACAUUGACGGGUCCUUAAACAAGCCCUCAUAAUAAAUCUCCAACUGAUUGACAAAAUCACUUGUGAAAUGGAUUGCUGUGAACUGUAUGCCAAUGAUUGACUUAUGAUCAAUAAUAUGCUAGUAAACAAUACAUUGUAUUCUAAAGCCGCUUUUUGUAUUGUGACUUGUCUUAUUAAUGAUGAACUCUUCUGCCACAAGAAUGUUAUGCAUUUUAAUCAUCUGAUAUAUAUAUAUAUUAUUUCAUCAUUAUAUAUUGAAUUAUUGUUAUAUGAGGGGCUUUCUCGGCAAAUAUUAGUAUAUGCGAUUAAUCAUGAUUAAUUAAGUGGGACAUCAUGUAAUUCAAUUAAAAAAAAAUAAUCGAUUGACCAGUCCUAAUAAAUAAAUAAAUAAAUAAAUAAAUAAAUAUAUAGCUUUGAAGAAAACUAGAUUGUGAUUGUAUAAGGCCAAAAUUGUCUUGCGCUUUGAGUUUGCACAUACUGUAUUCCAGUAUUUGUGAGGUGUGUGUGGAGAGAUUAAA